UCACAACUUCCUUCACAAACAGCAAGCAAGCAAACAUGGGAAAACCAUCACUAGAGAGACCACACAAGAAAGCCUUCAGCGUCGGUCCCGCGAACCUACCCGAUGGGACAUACAAGCGAAAAGGAAGAUCCCUCAUCCACAAAGCAAAAGUCAAGAAAUCACUCGCGAAAACAAUAUCUGGAAACGCGCCAGACACAGAUCCUCAGGCCAUCCGUGCGAAAAGGUUGCUAGAAGAGGCCGCAGCCGAGCGGGAGCGAGCCAAAUCCACAGAACCCAAAGAUUGCGAGGAUGGGGACGCUAUUGUAGCGACUACAGAAAUGCAUCCGGAGCGACGGGUAGCGUUGGAUCAACCAGAGACGGCACGUGUGGAGGAGAACCCUAAAAAUGUCGAUAAGGGUGCUUGGAGAAAACGGGGAAAAAAGAAGAAGACUUCUAGAUUUCUGAAGGAGGAGCAGGAGGCAGCCAGACUUCGGGAGGAACGGGAGGAGAAAGAGAGAGAGAUCGAGGCUAGAAAGGUUGCGAUGGAGAAGUCAAGGAAGGAAAGAGCGCUCAGGAAGAGGGUUAUGAGUGCUCGCACGACGAAGGGGCAACAGAAGCUUGGGAGGCAGAGUGCGCUGUUGCUGGAGAAGGUUAAGGCUCAGGUUGGGGUGUGAUCGCGGCUGCCGUAGUGGGAUUGAAGUUUGUUGUUUGCAUAGGGUCGGAGUUUUGUUUUGCUUGGUUGAUGAUGUGGUUUUGUAUUCUAUCAUAAGUUCAUGAUAUCUACUCGAGUAGACUGUCCAA